ACAUCUUUUAGAUAUACACUUCUCUGGAGACAUGCCCCUAUGACCUCGUAACAUGUCCCACUCCCGCAACCACAGCCUCGCAAUCUCCACUUCAGCCUCUAUACACACCUCCGCCUCUCCUUCCCCCGUAUCCCCAGCAUCCCCAGCCAGCGCUUCUGCAGGUCUUUCCCGCCGCCAUAGCUGGAACAUAACGGACGAGAACCAAGAGAUACCGACUUUUAACGACCCCAGCAGCCCCUCUCGCCACAUAAACGACAGCCUUACUCCCAAAAGAGCCAUCCCGCUGCAUAGCACACCUUUGGGCAAGUCUGGAACUGCCCACUCGCACCGCCUAAGCGAGAGGGACAUUACAUGGGCAGAUGCCAACGAUGGAAGGGACAUAUGGGGAGAUCCUAAUCAAACCACACCCACGCAGAGCCGCACUAGGCCAUUCAUCGACACUUACCAAUCGACAACCUCUUUGCAAUCGACAAUAUCGCCCUUGGAUGACAAUGGGAGAUCAUCAGACGACAGGGAGCGUCUUACAACUGGACACUCACAUGUUAUGCAUUAUAAUGGGAUAGGCAUGGGCACACCCAGGCGGUCGCCCAGAAAGCCGUACAACGAGAGCGGUUCCGGUUUAGGUAGGAGCUCAACGCUGAGGAAUGUCUCCCAGUCUCUGAGAAAAGCGAGCGUGAGGGUAGUCAACAUCAUGGGCACAGAACGUGGGGGCGGCAGGGAAAGGUUAGGCAGUGAUGACGAAGGCGAGGAGGUAUUGCAAGAUGUGGAAAUCGAUGGAAAUCAGGGCUUCGCUAUGAGCAGCACGAACGAUAAUCGGGAAACUUUGCCAAGCCCUAGACAAUUGCCCACCAGUUCUCGGAGAGAAGAGGUGGGUCACCGCCGACUAAGAGGAAGGACGAUGUGUCUAUUUGGGCCGAUGAGCAGGGUAAGGAAGAGUAUGGACCGCUUGAUGCGAUAUCCCUGGACGGAGCCUGCCAUAUUAUUGCUUAUUAUAACAAAUGUUGUCGUUCUCGCUAUUCAGUCCGCUCCUACUCUGAACUCGCCCAGGACCGGUAACGGAUACUUUCAGGGUUGGGAAGACGCCGUGUUGCUGGUGCUUUUCAUCGUCUUUACGCUGGAGAUGUUUGCACGUAUAGUCGUCACCGGACUAUUGCUAGAUCCAGAGACGUCUCUCCGCGAAUCUCUCUUCGGUCAAGAUGGUGUCGUCCCUGUUCUACAACGAUACUUGCUAAUAACCAAAUCCAACAUCCAAUCCAACCUGCGACGCAAAGCAACUAAAAGACGCGCACCGUGGCGAUCGCAAGAACAGAACGAUGCCACGCACAAUAAGGGCUCAAAGACCAUGGCCACUUCGGCGCUGAGGUCCCUGACAGGCCUUUCAGAAGCGCCUUUUCAAAAAGCCAUGGCCAAGCAAAAAGGCUUAUCUGAUCAGGGAAGACCGUAUCUCCGUCAUUCCUGGCAUCGUAUUGAUAUGAUAGCGGUAUUCGCGUUCUGGAUCACCUUCUUUUUGGCUCUCACAGGCCAUGAAGCCACUGCCAAUCGCCACGUCUACAUUUUUCGUGCACUUUCAGUCCUUCGUGCCGGGCGUCUCCUGGUAAUCACGAGCGGUACCACCACCAUUCUUCAUUCACUAAAACGUGCGGGCCCUAUGCUCAUUACUGUAUCUUACUUUCUUAUUUUUGCUGCGUGCAUUUUCUCCAUUAUUGGGGUGCAGAGCUUCAGAGGAAGCUUUCGAAGAGCAUGUGUGUUGACGGAUCCCCACAACUCAAGUAAUGUGAUUCAGCUGGAAAGGCAGUGUGGAGGCUGGUUGGAUCCUACGUCCCUGGAAAGCGUGUCAUAUCUGAACUCUGAUGGAACACCCUCGGCUGUGCCGCCAAAGGGGUACAUUUGCCCUCUUGGGCAGACUUGUAUGACGACGGAUCAAAACCCUAACAACAAUGUUAACAGCUUCGACAAUGUUUUCUCGUCCCUCGUCCAAGUCAUCAUUGUCAUAUCUAUCAACACCUGGGCACCAGUCAUGUACAUGGCUAUGGACUCUGACUUUUUUGGAUCGUCCCUCUUCUUCAUAGCUGGCGUCAUUGUACUCAACUUUUGGUUAAUCAACUUGUUGAUUGCUGUAGUGGUAAACACGUUCAGUGAUAUCCGAGCAGAAACGAAACGCAGUGCUUUUGGUGCGGGCGAAACAUUUCUAGGCACAGAACCACAUUGGGCAGCAGAAGACGAAAAGACUAAAAACAAUAGACUGCUCGCCUUCUAUCAAAAAACCGAGAUUUUUUGGGUAAUCCUGAUUGUCGCGGACCUGGUGACGCAGGGAAGCAAGACAUCAAGCUCAUCAGAGAGCAUGCUUCGUCUUCUAGAUCGUCUUGAAUUGGCUUUUACGCUCGCUUUUGACCUCGAGAUCAUCAUUCGUUUUCUAGCAUAUCUUCCGGAUUGGCGAUCCUUCUUUUACCGAAAACGGAAUUGUUUUGACCUUUUUCUCGCGAUUGCCUGCUCUAUCAUCCAAAUUCCAGCCAUCAGCAACAGUACAAUUUAUCCUUGGUUGACCGUUUUUCAAUUAAUAAGAUGGUAUAGAGUCAUCCUAGCGUUCCCAAGGAUGAAGCCGCUAUUGGUCACGGUGUUUGGGAGUUUUAGUGGUUUGCUUAACAUGGUGAUCUUUUUGUUCUUAAUGAACUUUCUGGGUGCUCUCAUGGCUUUGCAAUUGUUUCGCGGUGAUCUGGAGGCUGGAGAACCAAUCACAUUCUCACAAACAUAUAAUUCAUUCUUGGGGAUGUACCAGAUCUUUUCAUCCGAAAAUUGGACGGAUAUUGUAUAUGAUACUAUGGGUGCGGAGGCACAAUACAAGCAGAACAUUAUUGCAGCAAUAUUUUUGUGUGGUUGGUUUCUCUUCUCCAAUUUCAUUGUGCUUCAGAUGUUCAUCGCUGUCAUCAACGAGAAUUUCGCGAUUGCGGAGGAACAAAAACGCAAGCAACAAAUCCAAGCUUUUAUUCAUCGAGCCGAAGCACCAUCGGCCCACGCCAGCUGGAUUGACCGUCUGAAUCCUUAUCGACUCAUGGCAGCUCGUCCCAGAGCUGUCAGAGUAAAAACGCUUCCUCCCAAUCUCAUCCUGCCGUUGAAACAAAAUACCGGUAUAGAUUUGUCGGACGUGUCAUCGUCCUUGCCAAUGGAUGAUGGAAAAGGCACGAAAGGGGCUGUUAAACGGCUUUUAGGCAGAGACCGUGAGGAAGGUCAGAUACGGCUCAAACGCUUGAAACGACCUUCCCCUCGCGAGGUCACGGAUGACGUCGAAGAUGAAGACGAUGACCGAGGAUUGACGGAUCUUCUACCGCCUCUCAACGCUGCUGUCUCAAAGGACGAGCAUAUGGAUGCACUCAGGGAGCGAAGAAACCAACAAGCUGACUUCAUUGCCGCCCAUCCGAGCUUCGACAAAUCUCUAUGGUUAUUCAAACAGAGUAAUCCAGUCCGCAAAUUUUGUCAAGCAUGCGUCCCUCCAGCAUAUGGGGAACGUAUCUUCGGACGGCCUGCUAAUCCCACAUUGGAGCUGAUUGUCAAAACUGUAGUCUUUCUCGCGGUUGUAGCUAGCAUUGUUGUUGCUGCCAUUGCUUCACCAAGCUACAGGCGGGAAUACUAUGCCGACCAUGGAAUUUCCCGAGGGACAUGGUUCGACCUCACAGAAGUGACUCUGGGUCUGAUUUUCGUCUUGGAAGCUGCCAUGAAGAUUGUUGCCGACGGGUUCAUCUUUGCACCCAAUGCUUACCUACUUUCCCUCUGGAAUGUACUCGACUUCAUCAUCCUAAUAACGCUUCUGAUCAAUAUCACAACCUCAUUGAUCUUUAUCGGGGGCUUGAGCAGAGUGACAAGAGCUUUGAAAGCCUUUAGGGCUCUCAGACUUAUUACUCUUUUCGGGAGGUUGAGAGACACGCUUCAUGCCGUAUUAUUUGCUGGUGCGCUGAAAAUUCUUGACGCCUCCAUUUUUAUGAUACUAUAUUUAAUUCCAUUCGCCGUCUGGGGCCUCAACAUCUUCUCUGGUUUAUUAUACUACUGUAAUGAUGACGACUCAACAGGGUUAACAUCUUGUAUCGGCGAAUUUUCCACUUCGCCAGUUGAUGACUCUCUUACCUAUUUAGUCCCUCGCGUUUGGGUCAAUCCUACUGUUGACGAAAGCAUUUGGUCAUUCGAUUCCUUCAGGGAAUCGAUUCUGAUUCUUUUUGAAAUCGUGUCAUUAGAAGGAUGGAUUGAUGUGAUGGCCUCGGUGAUGAACAUAGUAGGCAGAGAUCAACAGCCUGAGGACCAAGCAUCGCAGUGGAACGCGAUCUACCUAGUGAUUUUUAAUCUAUUCGGCGGUGUAAUCAUCCUUACAUUGUUUGUCAGUAUUAUCAUCAAGAAUUUCAGCACCCGUUCAGGCAAUGCUCUCCUUACAAGUGAACAGCGACAAUGGGUUGAUCUUUCCAAGUUCAUCAAAGCGCAGACUCCGUCCCAACUACCCAAAGGACGGCCUAAGUUACUAUUCAGAGCGUGGUGCUACGACCGGACAGUAAAUAAGAAUGGGUUUUGGGCGGUAGGCUUCACAAUGAUAUACUACCUGCAUAUCUUGUUGCUCAUGAUGGAAGAUUUCUCAGAGAAUCUGCUGAACGAGGUGCAGCUAGAUUGGAUCUUCUUGUUUUUGACCGUGCUUUAUGCCAUUGACCUUCUUGUCCGGUUCUACGGUCUGGGGUUUAAAUCCUUCAGAUCGAAUGGGUGGAAUAUCUUUGAUCUCAUCGUCAUCACAGGUAGUUUUGCGACUACUAUUCCUGCUCUACAGGCAGAUAGCAGUGGUGGGACCGCUAAUCAAGUCAACGUCCAAUUACAAAAGCUCUUUUUAGUAUCGAUCUCGCUGAAAUUGGUACAAAGAAUCAGUUCGUUGAAUCAGUUGUUUAAGACCUCAGUGGCAAGUCUUCCCGCCAUUGGUAAUCUUUUUCUUCUCUGGGCUACCAUCUUCAUAUUUUACGCCAUCCUUUAUUUGGAAGUCUUUGGCUUAACAAAGGAAGGGAAUAAUGCAGGCACGCGGUUUCAGAACUAUUACACUUUUGGGAAUGCGUUGCUUAUGCUAGCAUUUAUGUCCACUGGUGAAGGGUGGAACGGCUACAUGCACGACUAUACUAUUCAAGUACCCAGAUGCACCGAGAAUGGUAACUUCCUGGAGUCAGAUUGCGGUAGUGCCCCAGGCGCGUACGUGUUGUUCAUCAGUUGGAAUAUCAUUUCCAUGUAUAUCUUUGUGAACAUGUUCACUGGUGUUGUGGUCGAAUCUUUUGCCUACGUGUACCAGAUGCCUGGGAAAAGUUCACUGAACAGAGAGGAGAUGCGCGCUUUCAAACAACUAUGGGCCGAAUUCGAUUCCCAAAGAGUUGGAUAUAUCAAGCGCAGAGACCUUAUCAAGUUCUUUUCACGCCUUACCGGCGUAUUCGAAGUGCGACCGUAUCCGAUUGAAUUUUCAAUACACAAUAUUAUUCACCAUUCGAGACCCGAUCAGCCCGACAAUGCCUCAAGUCGGUCGUAUGUCAUUACCGGGGUUAAGCAUGCGGUGGAUAUUAGACGCGUAGCAGAACAGAUCGCCCAGAUCGACUACCGGCAGGUUCGUGAGCGGCGACAACUAUUUUCAAGGCUAUACAACGAGGCAAGGAUAUCCGAAGAGCCUGGCAAAGGAAUCAGCUUUACAGCCAUGUUAAUGAUGCUUGCUCACUAUAAACUUAUUGAUGAUGAGAGUGCAUUGGAGCUGGAUGAUCUCCUCUUAAGAAGGGCCAGGACAGAAAGAGUUACAGAUUUAGUUAAUUUGGAUAGAGUGAGAGGCCUCCUCCGAACGAUAUAUUGGCGAAAGCGAUUCUUGGCCACACGCGAUGCGCGCAAACUGACAUUGAAUGCCGAAGCUGAAGGUAUCCCUGCUAUCGUCCUGGAUCCAACCCCUAUUACUCCCCCGGACUAUAGUGAUCAGUCGAGAUACGACCCAUCGUAUUCUCCUCAAGUCCAUGAAAAGGAAGAAAGCACCCCAAAACGCAUUUUAUCUACUGAAAUCAUAUCUCCAACUUCAUAUUUCCCUUCUGGCAAAACACACGCGUUACCCGUCUCCGAUUUAUCCAACUCCAACAGCUUGCCCUCCCCCUCUUUCUACAAUUCUCCGACUCGUUCAACACCAAGGCCGGAAUCAUUAGGAAGGCAGCCAUCUAACAGCAGUUAUUUGUCAUCUGAUGAUGCCCAUUACAGACGUGAUUCAAAGCCAGAUGAGAAUUUGCACGCGAAGGAUUACGAUGAAGGCAUGUCAGAUUCGAUGUGGGGAGAUAUGAUGCGCGAAGCAGUAGAUCAAGAAGGCAUUGAAAAUGAACAGGGUUGACGACAAUUAUACGACAACAUGACGCGAUUCAAUGAAUGACAUGACCCCUUCCCAUAGAUUUAAUAUAGUAAAUAUG